AUGAUGAAUCCGACGAUGGAUGCAGGAGUUGAUUCCGAUGGUGCGGCGGAGUCUCUGCAUAUUCAGUUGAACCACAGGCACGAUCCCAAGGAGGAUCAGUGCUCUUCCGUCCUCGUUAAGCAUAUAAAGGCUCCUGUUCAUAUCGUUUGGUCUCUGGUGAGGAGAUUCGAUCAGCCGCAGAAGUACAAGCCUUUCGUGAGUAGAUGCGUGAUGAAGAAAGGUGAUGUAGGAAUCGGCAGUGUUCGUGAGGUUGACGUUAGAUCUGGCCUCCCAGCUACGACAAGCACCGAGAGAUUGGAGCUUUUGGACGAUAACGAGCACAUUCUUGGCAUCACAAUCGUCGGUGGUGAUCACAGGCUUAAGAACUACUCAUCAGUUGUUACGGUGCAUCCAGAGAUAAUAGAUGGAAGAGCUGGAACAAUGGUGGUCGAGUCGUUCGUGGUGGAUGUACCGGAAGGGAACACAAAAGAAGAGACUUGUUGCUUCGUGGAAGCUCUUAUACGGUGCAAUCUCAAAUCUCUGUCCGAUGUUUGCGAGAGAAUGGCUGCUCAGGACAGGACAUGA